UCCUAAUCAAUGCUUCCAAGUAAGUAAAUAAGACUGACUAUCACCAGAAUGAAUUGAUUACUAUUAUUUGUGUUUUUGUUGCUAUUAUUGUGUGGAAAAAGUGAUAAAAAAAUCAUCAUAAUUGUAGUAACUGUAAUUUAAUGGUGUGAGUAUCAACAAAGUUCAAUUUUUUUGUCAAACUAUUACUUACAAGGGGUCAAUGUUGAUAAGAAAUCACACUCAUUUCUGAUUAUUUGACAUAUUGAGCUCUCAUAUUCGAAGAAGUUGCACUUAAGUAUACAUAUUUGGAAUUUUUAUCAAAAAUAAAACACAUUUCAAGCACUAAUUUUAUCCAAAAUGAAAUUUCGUUCAUUUUUGGUCAAUUUUAAAACUACUCUGACGAUCAAAAAAAGAAGAAGAGCAGUCAUGCGCCCUUUAGACGUCAAAAAUAAGCAUGCGCUUUAUUUUAUUGAAGGUCAUAUACAAUGUGGGCCUGGGUUGACAAUCGUCGAUGAAGACAGACGAGUUUAGAGGCUCAGUUACUAAACAUAUCUACUAAAAAUAACGCCCUAACAUUCGGCUACAAUUACAAGAUGGAUAAACAUUUGGCGAUUGACUCACCAAGUGAAUUACUUUCAUCAUCAUCAGCCAAACCACCUCGGUUAUUUAUCAAGAAUUCUAGUAUUCAGGAUGAAGAGGAAUCAGACUGUCCACUUUUAACUCCAAGUCCACCUCCUGGUGAUCAAACUCCAUCAGACCAACUGGAAACUCCAGAAUCAACAAUGUUUGAUCGUCUAGACAAUAAUUCUCCAGCAAUAGAAGAAAUAAAAUCAGCUGUUGUUAAUGCACUAACUAUUAACAAUGCUAAUAUUAACAAUAGUAAAAUAAACAAUGACGAAGCAAGCUCAAGGGAUCCAAUGGUAGAAUCAAGCAGUAGCGAAGAAAGUCGUAGUUUAAAUAAGGAGCCGGUUUGUACUCAAUUAUUAACUCAAUUGAAUACAGCAUAUCAACAUUUAGCACCCGAUGCUCAAGCAAUUUUUUAUAGUCAAGAAAAUGGCGGUAAAGCUCCAAUGGUUGGAAUCCAAGUGAUAAUGCCAAAAUCGCCCAAAGACUUUGCUUUUACUCAAUGGAAUUGGCCAAAGAUUAGACGGAUUUGUUUUUGGUUGAUGAUAGGAUUACUGAGUUUGGUAACAACGUUUGCUAUCCGAGGUAUUGUCACGAUGCCACGACGAUGUGAUCCACCAACAGAAUGGUGGCAAGGAAAGCUCUUCUACGAGAUAUUCCCAGCAUCGUUUCAAGAUUCAUCGAAUGUUGGUGAUGGAAUUGGGGAUCUGCGAGGUAUAUCUAUGCGAUUGGGUUACCUAAAGAGUCUUGGAGUUAAGACAAUUCGAUUAAACUCCAUUUUCCAGGCAACUCAUUAUCCAGAACACUACUUAAAUAUCAAGAAUCUCACUUCUAUUGACGAUAAUCUUGGAACAAUGGCGGAUUUUACGAAUCUUGUUGACCAACUUCAUCGUAAUGAUAUUAAUCUUGUACUAGAUAUUCCAAUUCAUGCCUAUGUCAGCCGAAAAUCGAUAGGAAAUAAUCCUAAUUUCGAGAAUGAAAAGAUAAUGGCUGAUUACAAGAGAAUUUCUAGAGAAGUCGAAGCUCGAGAUGACAAUUUAACAUCAUCAAUAUCAAAUUCUUCAGAAAAAAAUGCACCAAAGUAUGAAAGAUAUACUCUACCUAAUUCUGAUGACAUUAGCAAGAAUUCCUUGCAUGAAAUAACAUUGGUCCUAACGUUUUGGCGACAAAAGAAUGUUGAUGGAUUUUACUUGAAAGGCUUAGAGCAUUAUGUUAAUGAUUCGAAUUUUAUGAAUUUUUUAAACCAUUGGAGAGACAUCAUGGGACCUCAGAGGAUCCUCAUGUGCAACUGGAAGGUCCUAGAAGUUGCUAGAAAACCGAUGAUUAAAGAAAAAAUAAUGGAAGUGAUGGAUUUGGUUGAUGUGACGCUAAAGAUGACUAAUGGAACUAAGGCAAUUCAGAGACAGGUUGAAGAUGUGAUGGCUAAUUUAUUUAUUGUUCAUGAAGAUCCAAGUAAAGUUGUUGAUCAGAGAAUGUGGGUUCAUUGGUCAGUGGGGAAUGUGGAAACCAAGAGAAUAGCAUCGUGCUUGUCGUCAAAAAAUGCUACGAAAGCUGCUAUUAUUUUUGCUAUGAUGUUGCCGGGGACUCCAAGCAUAUUUUAUGGGGACGAGAUCGGAAUGAGAGAUUGCAAGUGUGAAGAUCACACUGAUCUGGAGAAUUUGCACAACCUUUCACCAAUGAUCUGGUCUUUUGUGUUUCAUAAUAAGACAGAACAGUUCUCAUCGAGUACAGUAAUGCCUUGGAUACCAAGCUCUCCUAUGCCAUUACCUACCUCAAUGAGUAUCGCAGUACCCCAGAUGAUGAAUUUACGUCAGAGCGCUGCUCCAAUUUAUGUUGAAGCUGCUCUGAAGCAUGAUCAUAUAAGUGUAAAUUGUGAAAUCAGGUAUGUCGAAAGUGAGUUAAUAAUUAUCGAAAGAUGGUAUCCGCGACAGAAUACUUACAUUUUAGUGGCUAAUUUUGGUAACAAUACCCAGAACAGAGAUUUUUCUUCUUUAUAUUACGAAGGAGAGAUUGUUGUUGGUCCAAUUAAAAGACUCAAUGACGUCAUACUUUUUAAGGAAUUUAUUAUCGCUCCUGGUGACGCUUAUGUUAUAAAACUUAAAAAAUAGGAAAUAAUUUUUACUAAAUAAUUAAGGGAUAAGAGUUUUUUUGUAAAUAAAAAAAAAUAUUUAUUUUAAAAUUUACUAAUU